GCCAUGACGCGGAGCUGCUCCGCGCUGGGCUGCACCGCUCGCGACACCGGGCGGAGCCGCGAGCGCGGCAUCUCCUUCCACCAGUUCCCGGUGGACGCCGCGCAGCGCCGCGAGUGGAUCCGCGCCGUUAACCGCGUGGACCCGCGGAGCCGCCGGGCGUGGCGGCCCGGCCCCGGCGCCAUCCUCUGCUCCCGACACUUCGCCGAAGGGGACUUCGAGUGCUACGGGCUGCGGCGGAAGCUGCGGCGCGGGGCCGUGCCCUCCCGCUUCCUCCCCUCGGAGCCGCCCGGCGCCGGCCGCACGAAGAGCGGCACCCCCGGGCGGGCGCUGAAGCAGCCGCUGCCCAGCCCGCCCGCCGGGGACCACAACUACAGCCUGCAGGGCCAGCGCGCCGCCCCGCCGAGGCCGCCGCCGCACGCCCCGCAGCACCAGCAGCAGCCCCCGCCGGCCGCCGGGAGAUGCGGCCCCGCGCCCCGGCGCAGGAGCGUGCCGAGAAUCCUCAGGGAGCUGGUGGCAAAGCGGCAGCUUUCCGAGGAAAUCGUGAGUUUGCUGCAGGCGCAGUUUUCAGAUUUGCCUCGAGAGUUGCACAGCUGGAGGCAGAUGGCAGACUACUCGCCAGAAAUGAGGCAAUUUGCUUGUCUUCUCCAUCUCUACCACAUUAAGGCCUAUGAUUACCUAAGGAAGAUUCUUCCCCUCCCUCAUCCUUACAGCCUGACAAACUGGCUGUCUAAUAACGAGGCUGCUGCAGGCUUCAGCAGCGACAUUUUUCUCCAGCUUCAGGAAAAGGUGGAGAGAGAGGAGCAGGCCUGCCGCUGCUGCGCCGUGCUGGUACAGGACGUGUCCCUGCAGAAGCAGCAGGAGUGGGACCCACGGAGCAAGCAGCUGUCGGGUUUUGUUGACUUGGGAGCAGGCAUCCUUGAUGCUGAUGAAGCUCCACUGGCAUCAGAAGCAAUAGUCCUCAUGGCAGUCGGCAUCUCCAGCCCUUGGACAGCUCCCCUGGGCUAUUUCUUGGUGAACAGCACAUCUGGCCCCUUCCUUGCUCAGCUCCUCCGUCAGGCAAUCCAUAAGCUGAACAGCGUUGGGAUCGUGGUGCUGGCUGUGACAUCGGGGGCCUCUGCUCACGGUGCUGAGACUGCCAGAGCUUUGGGCAUCAGGAUAGAUCCCAAAAGGACUCGGUGCACUUUCCAGCAUCCACCUGGUUCUGCUCACAGCAUCGCAUACUUCUUUGAUGUUCCUCAUGCCCUCCUGCUGAUAAGGAAUGCUCUGCAGUGCUUCCACAGGGUGCAGUGGCUCGGUGACACCAUGUGUUGGCAGCAUGUGGUGGAGCUGGCAGCUUUGGGCGAGCAGAGGGUGUUGGAGCCGUGCAGUCCUGGGUCGGGCAGGGCUGGGAGUAAAGGGAGUUCCCACCUGAAGGUCAACCCUGCCUCCCUGCUGUUCAGCGAGGGUGUUGCUGAGGCCCUGGAGCACCUCCAGCAGCUGGGCCUCGCCUCGUUUCAGAGCUGCAGCAGGACUGCCAAGUUUGUGCGGCUGAUGAGCUCCCUGUGUGAUGUGUUUUAUGGCAGAGGUCCCUAUGGAAGGGAGCCUUUGUUAGCUGGGAAUUACACCAAAAUAAGCAACCUCUUCGAUGAGGCCAGGAGCUGCUUUGUCAACUUAACAGACUCUGUGGGGAGAUACAUUACUAAGAGCAAACGCAAACUGGGAUUUCUGAGCUUGUUGCUCAAUGCUGAAAGCCUCAAGUGGCUUUCCUCCAACCACACAUGUCUAAAAGGCACUCCUUCCCAGCACCUCCACACACAUGCCUUCAGCCUGGACCCUCUGGAGCAGUUUCUCAGGGCUCUCCAGCAAGCCUGUGGCAGCAAUGGCAGCCCCACCUGUGCUGUGUUCCAGGCUGCUUACCACAAACUGCUGGCCAGCUACAGCCUGGCCCCCAGCUCACCACCCAGCAGUGGCACUGCCAGCCCCUGGGACGUAUCCCUGUCUCAGAGGAGAGCUCUAACUCUGGGCAGCAUUCGUGCCCAGUAUCACCCGGCUCCUGGGAGGCCUGUGGCCCCAGAGUUCCCCUACAGUGCAGGCCUGCUUUUGCCCAGCUGUGCCCUGAGCAAUGCGCUGACAGAUCUGUCACUGCACGCACAGAGCCUCACCUGCACGGCUGGCUGGGUGGCCGAGCAGCUGGCCUUGGGCUUGCAGUGUGAGCCUUGUCUUGCCUCUCUGUUUGAGGCAGAUGAGAGCAGGCUAAGAUGCAGGUCAGUGCUCUACAUACAAAAGUUGGGUGGCCUGAGUCUGCCCUCGGCCAGUGUGCACCACAUAACAAGCAUUUCAGAGCAAGUCCUAAACCGGUAUGGCAAAGUAGGAGGUGCCAACAACAAUACCAAGCUGUGGCAUUUGUGUCUAGAACAGAAAGUCUUCCAGGAGCUUCUGGGAGAAAGCCCCCUCUUUCCCACCCUCACAAAGCAUUUAUUUGAGGGGGAGCUGAGCAUCAACAACCACUACACAGUCUUGGUAAAGGAAAUAACACGGUGUUACUUAAACGUAAGAACACAGCCCACCCAACACCUGAAUUUGAAAUACCCUUGUGGACGGCACAAAUUGAAGAGACUGAAGGGAAAGCAUUUGUUUCCAUCACCACUGGUUAGCUGUCAGUCAAGCUUAACCCACACAUGGUCUUACUGAGUACUCUGUGGUUCCAGGAAUGGCUGUUCCUUGCUGAGCUCAGUGCUGGACAGAUCUAGGCAACACAUGAGGAAACAAUGCUGGCAAAACUAGUGCUGAUAAGCACUGGUGUAUUGGGCCACUGCAAACCUCCUAAGCAGAGUUUAACUGAGCAAAGCAAGGAGGUUUAUCUGAUCCCCUGUCCUUUCUAGCAGUCCUGCAGUAUUUCAUGAAACUUCA